AUGGAUGCCGUUCCUAAUGAAGCAAUAUUCUUCUCCGAUGUUCAGAGAAAACACGUUACGACUGGUCUUUCUAUGCCGGACUUAAUGCCUUUAGCACCCUCGUCUCCAUCUGAGCCUGACGAGGACGAAGAGGUCCUAUUUGCCGGGCGGCAGGCAAAAAUGAUACCCAAGAAAAUGAAGAUACUGAACGAUUCUCUCCGUAGCAGUAGCAAUGCUCCCGCAACCAAUGGGUCAAAGCGUAGCAAUGAUGAAUUGCCCUUAAGAGCCCCUAUUGACUCUGCUAAGGCAACACAUAGCUCUCGUAAGCAGCGUUCGGUGGCUGCUGACGAAGUUAUGUCUGAUUAUAUAACCAACGUCAGCGCCAACGAGUCAAUAGACACCACCUUCGCAGAAUCAUCAAGAGCUGCACCAAACCUCGCCGGGUUUGAUGGAGGACAUAGUGACAGCGACCUUCUUGAACCUGCUUCCGAGGUUGACGAUGAAUGGUCGAGCGCCGAUCUCAGGGACCUUGACGAUUUAAGUACUUCUAGUGGUGGCGUUGAAACGAUUGGCAAAGUACUCAGUCGACGGGAGAGACCAUCAGGCCUACAGUAUCUCGUGGCCGAGAAGGGUAUGGCGGUAGAUGAUGCUCGAUGGCUGUCACUAGAAACGUUGGCCAAAUCUCGAGAAUCGGCAAGACUAGUCCAAUUGUUUGAAGAAAAGAAGGCCUUUCUUUCCAAUUCAGCCUCCGAGGGCGUUUCUGAUAGUGAUCUCGAUGAAGAUGAGAUAAUUGAAAGGGAUGUGCAACAGACGGUUCAUGAGUCUUACCAAGCUCACCAAUUCGAAGAGCGGCGUAAAUACCAGAUGACCGACGAGCGAAUUGCUCGCCUGCUGUCCAAACAAGAGCAACUAGGCAUGGGCUCAAACGAGCUAUUCUUAUUUGACGUUGAUGUAGAUGAUCCAAUGACAAACCGCACUGGUUGUGCUGCUCACCGACCUCAAUCCAAGAGAAAUGCAGCAGGCAAAGCUCGGCAAGAGAGGAAACCUCGACGGCUUUCCGAUACAGUUCUUAGGAUUGAGCCGGAAGAACCGUUUGCUGGGCUAUAUGCGAUGCAGACUCACAUUCCACGCAAAGCGAAAGGUCGGCGCCGGGAAUUGCAGCUCGAUCUUUCCGACUCGGAGCUUAACCAAAGAAUGCAAGAGUCAUGGGCUAACGAUAGAGUCAAGAAGACUAGGCGUAAAAAGGAGCGCGAACAGCUUCGACAACAAGGGCUGCUGGGCAAGGGCCGAAAGGAUAAGCCUGACCUACGAGUCAAGUAUGCUAAUAGCAUAUCUAUACAGGAUCUAAAAGACGAGUUGAGGUGUUUUCUGGCAUCUACAAGUCAAAAUCUCGCGCUGCCACCGAUGAAUCCCUGUGCAAGAAAAUUGGUCCACGAAAUUGGUCAUAACCUAGGUCUGAAUAGCAAGUCUAUGGGUCAAGGCCCAGGUCGGUAUCCAAACUUGUACAAAACAUCAAGGACUCGAGCCUUCGACGAUGUGGCCUUCGAAGGCAUUCGUCACAAGAUCAUGCCUCGCUCGUCGAAGGGUCGGAAGGAAGUAAAAGGAAAGAGGCAAAAGGCUCCAGUGGCCAAGCAGCCAGGACGCCUUGGAUUGCAUAAUCAUUACCAGGAGGGUGAGGUCGUUGGAGCAUCUGCACCUGAGCUCGGGGAGGAAAACAAAGGGCGAGCCAUGUUGGAGAAGAUGGGGUGGAGUACCGGGACAGGCUUAGGCGCAAUAAACAACAAAGGUAUUCCAUUGCCCGUUGCACAAAUCGUGAAGACCACGAGAGCGGGGUUAGGUUAG